GGAAGAAUAUGCUUGAAAGUCGACGGACAGGUGUUACACUGUAAUGCGGACGAUCUUCACGUCGCGCAGUGCAGCACACGAUUGAGGGAUAUGUUGACAUCCAUGACGUCAUCCACGGCGACCUCGGGGUCCCGACCGUCGUAUUCUUGCCCACAUCGGGCAGCGAGGAGGUGCAAGAAUAGCGAUUAAACAGACCCUUAUGUCGUUACGUGCAUAUCUUACCACACACAAAUGGUAAGGCAGCCUUGUUCCGAACAGCAUUGGUAUACCGAGAAACCGAGAGGCCGUUAGCGCGUGCCGCGGACGCCCAUGAGGCAACCUGCGAUUUCUUUUGACGAAAGUUAGAUAAAGCAAUUCGAUAUCGCAUAUAGAGACGAAAAAAUUUCUUCAAUACAUUGACAUCAAGUCAGAGCACCCCAGCUACAUUCCACAACCUACCAUGACUUCUCCCGUUCUCGUUUUCGGCCCGACUGGAGCAGUGGGCAGCGCCGCUGCCAUUGAAGCACACAGGCGCGGUGCCAAAGUCUAUCUCGCGAUGCGCGACACGAAGAAGCCAUUGAAAGGCAUUCAGGAAGAGGGCAACAGUGACAGCUAUAUCCGCGUUCAAGCUGAUCUGGCCAAGCCCGAGACCAUCAAGACCGCGGUCAAUACCUCUGGUGCCAAGACAGCUUUCGUUUACGUCGUACAUGAGAUCCAGGACGGCAUGCGAAGCAGCUUCGAAGCGCUCAAGGAGGCCGGUGUAACCUACAUCGUCCUCUUGUCUUCGUUCAAGGUCGAAGACCCUCUAGACUCAGACGCCAACAAGACGGACAUGAUUGGCGCUUUCCACACCGCAGCUGAAAGCGCAUUGCGAGCAACUGGCGUCUCAUAUACCGCCGUGCGACCCGCAUACUUCAACAGCAACGUAUUUUGGAACCUCGCAGACAUCAAGCAGGGUGAAGUCGAGCUCCUGUACCCCAACGUGCAGUUCGACUACCUCGCGCCAUCGGACAUUGGUACUGUGUGCGGUGCACUUCUCGCAGAGCCACGAUUCCAGAAAGAAGCCGGAAAGUCAUUCUAUCUGUGUGGCCCUGAGCUUCUGACCCAGCGUGAGGCUCACGCUGUGAUUGGCAAAGCAUUGGGGAAGGAGGUCAAGGUCAAGGAAAUUGACGAGGAAAGGUGGUACAAGAAGCUGGCAUACAUGCCUAAGCCUAUACUCGACACGCUGGCGCGGGGAAUGCGGGAGAGCGACGCUGGACGCGAUGACCCCUAUGGCAAAAUCUACAAGAAAGCGGUAGAGAAUGUGAGAAAGUACACAGAGCGCGAGCCGAUGAAGCUGGAGGACUGGGUGAAAGAGAACAAGGCCGCAUUCGCGUAGACUGAAGCUUACUGUUAGUCGAUAUAGUAACCAGACCCGAUAAUUCACAGCUGCAUCCUCUUCUGUAUUGCGU